AUGAAUGCAUUCACCUUAGAACUUUCCUGUGGGUUAAGGAAUAUUAACGAUGUUCAAUCAACCAUUCAGAGAAUUCAAUGGGAGAAAUUGUUAGAAAAUGCUACACAAUUCGGUGGUCCACAGCAUGUAUAUCCCUUAAGAAAUUCAUUCCAAAGAACAAGCUGUAUCGAAAUUAAUUCGUUUAGUAAUGGUAGAUAUUAUUUGGUUGGAACAGAUAAUGGAUCUGUAGCAUUAUGGCAAUUUGAUGCUGCUAUUGUUAAUGAAACAGAAAAUAGUAAUGGAUCCACACAAAGACGAUUAAUCAAUAGAAGGGUAAAAGUAUGUAAAGGUAAGACACCAACGAAUGCGAAUCGUAGUAACAUCACGACGAUUACCAGAAAUCAACCAUCGAACUAUACCAACAAUAUCAAUAACGAUAAUUCAAGAUUGGUUCACAGUUUUGAGACUAAAUAUAAUAAAUUUAGAUUAUAUCGUGGAAAUGGAGGUGUUUCUUCAAUGGGAUCGGCCAGUUCUAAACAAGUUGGUAAUAAUAUAAACCAAUCAUCACCAUCACAAAGCCUACAACAUCAUCAAUAUGGUAUUACCUGUAUGAAAUGGUAUGGGAAUGAUGAUGGAAUGUUUUUCACUGCUAGUCAUGAUAAAACGAUUAAGAUAUGGGAUACAAAUACAUUUUCCGCGGUUCAAGAUAUUGAAUUUAAUUAUGAAGUACAUUAUUUGGAUAGUAUUCCGAGUGAAAGGAAUUGUAUAUUUGUGGCAUCAGAUGAUUAUUAUCCUAGAAUGAUAGAUUUAAGAAGUAUGAAUCUUGGUGUAACAAUAUUUGGUAAGAGUAGUAAAAAUAGUAAAAUAACAACAAUGAAAUCAGAAAUAUUAGCAUGUAAGUGUAAUCCAAUUAAGGAUCAUAUUGUGGCAUCAAGUGAUAAUGAUGGAAGAAUAAAACUUUGGGAUCUACGUAUGAGGAAUCAACUAUUGAUGGAACUGCAACAUCACGAUAGUAGAUUUAAUAAUAAGGCACACGUUAAACCAUGUAAUGAUCUAACUUGGACUGAAGAUGGUAAAUAUUUAAUAUCUAUUGGAUUAGAUGGUAAGAUUUUAAAAUGGGAACCAUUUAAUACAUCAUUACUUGAAAUGGUAACGCAGAUUGGCGAUACAGACGUCUCUAGAAAUAAAUAUACGAAACGGACAUCUCAAAGAUUAUUAUCACGUUACAAGUAUUUGAUUGUCAAUACGGAUUAUUCAGAGUUACAAAUUUUUGAUACGGAACAAAAUAAAUUUUGGAAUAAGAUAGAUUAUCCAACGGAUUUAUUAAAUGAAGGUGAUGGAAAUGAAGGUAUGUUUUGUGGUAUGUCAGCUCAAACUGAUCUAUCAAAUUCAACGGGACUUAGAUUAUUAGUUGGUGCAAAUAGUAUACAUAGUACGAAGAGUGAUUUACGAAACAAUAUUUUAGAGUUUACAUGUUAA